GGACACAAGGAUCUGUACAAGGAGGCCAUGAUGGAGGAGCACCAGCCUCUUAUAUCACAAGAAAUUCCCAGUAAGAGUUCUGAGGAAAACUUCAUGUUGUUACGAAAUUAUAAAGUAGAAGAUGAAGAUAUAAUGCAGCGCUCUUCAGGAGAAAACCUUAAUGUUCAUCCAGGACUUCACAGUACAGAAUUAUCAUAUAACGGGGAACCUUUUACUGAACAAUCGCACGUUGUUAUCACAGGUACAGCUCAGAAAGGUGGUAAAAGACUUCAGUGUGGUAAACAGUUCACAAAAAGCUUGGACCUCUCUACACAAAAAAGAACUCACACAGAGGAGAAGCCAUACUCCUGUUCAGAAUGUGGGAAGUGCUUUACAUAUAAAUCUAAUUUUAUUAUUCAUGAGAGAAUUCACACAGGAGAGAAACCAUAUCCAUGUUCAUACUGUGUGAAAUGUUUCACACAGAAAUCAGAUCUUGUUAAACAUGAGAGACGUCACACAGGAGAGAGGCUAUUUUCAUGUUCAGAAUGUGGAAAUACUUUUAUACAAAAAUCAGAUCUUGUUAACCAUGAGAGAAUUCACACAGGAGAGAAGCCAUAUUCAUGUUCAGAAUGUAAAAAAUGUUUUACACUGAAAUCAAGUCUUGUUAAACAUCAGAGAUUUCACACAGGAGACAAACCAUAUUCAUGUUCAGAAUGCGGGAAGUGUUUUAUACAGAAAUCACAUCUUAUUACACAUGAGAGAAGUCACACAGGAGAGAAGCCAUAUUCAUGUUCAGAAUGUGGAAAAUGUUUUACCCAAAAAUCAGAUCUUGUUAAUCAUCAUAGAUUUCACACAGGAGACAAACCAUAUUCAUGUUCAGAAUGUGGGAAAUGUUUUACACAGAAAUCACAUCUUAUUACACAUGAGAGAAGUCACACAGGAGACAAACCAUAUUCAUGUUCAGAAUGUGGGAAAUGUUUUACACAAAAAUCAGCCCUUGUUAAACAUCAUAGAUUUCACACAGGAGACAAACCAUAUUCAUGUUCAGAAUGUGGGAAAUGUUUUACACAGAAAUCUCAUCUUAUUACACAUGAGAGAAAUCACACAGGAGAGAAGCCAUUUUCAUGUUCAGAAUGUGGCAAAUGUUUUACACAGAAAUCUCAUCUUAUUGCACAUCAGCGAAGUCACACGGGAGAGAAGCCAUAUUCAUGUUCAGAAUGUGGUAAAUGUUUUACACAAAAAUCAGAUCUUGUAAAACAUCAGAAAUUUCACACAGGAGAGAAGCCAUAUUUAUGUCCAGAAUGUGGGAAAUGUUUUAUACAAAAAUCAGCCCUUGUUAAUCAUCAGAGAUUUCACACAGGAGAGAAGCCAUAUUCAUGUUCAGAAUGUGGGAAAUGUUUUACACACAAAUCGGAUCUUGUUAAACAUGAGAGAAGUCACACAGGAGAGAAGCCAUAUUCAUGUUCAGAAUGUGGGAAAUGUUUUACGCAGAAAUCUCAUCUUAUUACACAUCAGAGAAGUCACACAGGAGAAAAGUCAUAUUCAUGUUUAGAAUGUGGAAAAUGUUUUAGACAAAAAUCUGAUGUUGUUAAACAUCAGAGAGUUCACACAGGAGAGAAGCCAUAUUCAUGUUCAGAAUGUGGGAAAUGUUUUACACACAAAUCAGAUCUUGUUAAACAUGAGACCAGUCACACAGGAGAGAAGCCAUAUUUAUGUUCAGAAUGUGGGAAAUGUUUUACACAGAAAGCACAUCUUAUUACACAUGAGAGAAGCCACACAGGAGAGAAGCCAUAUUCAUGUACAGAAUGUGAAAAAUGUUUUACACAGAAAGUACAUCUUAUUACACAUAAGAGAAGCCACACAGGAGAGAAGCCAUAUUCAUGUUCAGAAUGUGGAAAAUGUUUUACACACAAAUCAGUCCUUGUUAAACAUCAUAGAUUUCACACAGGAGACAAACCAUAUUCAUGUUCAGAAUGUGGGAAAUGUUUUACACAGAAAUCACAUCUUGUUACACAUGAGAGAAGUCACAUAGGAGGGAAGCCGUAUUCAUGUUGAGAAUGUGGGGAAUUUUUUAGAAGUAAAUCACAUCUUGUUAUUCAUGAGAGAAUUCACACAAGAGACACACUAUAUUGAUGUUCAGAAUGUAGGAAAUGUUUUACACAAAAAUCAGGUCUCGUUAACCAUGAGAAAAGUCACAAAGGAGAGAAACCAUUUUCACAUAUUUUAACAUAUCAAUUUAUUGAUGGACCUUAAACAGCCAAUAAGAAUAUUUUUUAUUUUUGGUUACAAUUAUUCUGGGUCUCCCAGAUGACCAAAUUAAUAUUUCUCUGAUGUAAACUGUGACUGAGAUCCACAAAGGAAAAGUGUUGUGGAUAUAAGGAAGAGAAGAAGAGCUUUGUUUACUUCCAGAGCAGUGAAGAUGAAUUGUCCCCAUGAUGCUUCUUAUCGCUGUAUUCACACCUCCACCCACACUGCGGGAGAGUCCAGAGUGACAUGGGGAGAAGUAACAAUGCUCCAUGGAAUUGUUUUAAAAGUAAUGGACUCUCCAGACAUUUUGGGGAGAUCAAUCCUUUCUUCUGUCCUGUGGAAGAAAGAUGUUUUAGUUAGCACUUGUCCACUAAUAUGCUGCAGUCUCUGCUUAGCUCACACAGGCUGCGGGCUCUUCCUUCUAUGUCCUGACCACAUUAUAUUAACCAAAUAAUAUUAAAUGCUAAUGAACAGAAAAGGAACAUAUCCAGUCAUGAUCCUCAGCCUGUGGGUUUGCAUCAGAGUCUGCUUUUCAAUGAGCAGGUACGCACUAAAGUGUCUUCCAUGGCACAGAAGAAAAGAUGGGUUUUCUAAAAAAAAAAAAAAACAGGAGAACCCUUAUAAAGAUAAAAGGAAAUCUUAUAUUUGUGCCAGGAAAUGUUGAUGAAUUAUUGAUAUUUUGUAUGUCUUAGAUAAGUACUGGCCGGUAGGUCGCCUGCUCAUUUAUGCUCUGCUUGAUGAAGAUCUAAUGCAUGUAAUACAAUUUCUUUUUUAACAACAUAUUGUAUUAGAUUUUUCUUCUUUUUAACAACAUAUUUUAUUAGAUUUUCUCAAUACAAUUCCGACCCAGGGUGUGAGAAGUAAUAAAAGUAUAAGAAAAGUAUGUAAAAUAUACAACUGCACAAGAGCAACAUCGUUAUACAGCUAUAUGGUCACAAUAUAAUCA